AAGAAUCACAGAUGUCGUCAAAUGGCAUGGUGUCUGAGAGAAGAUCUAGGAACCCAGGCAGGAUUUAUGAUGAUGUUCCAGUAGACUCCUAUCAAGAUGAUACAAUGAGGACACUUCAGAGUCUUAGAGACAGUGAAUUAGCUGUGAGUGCAGAUCCUUUGCCACCUCCACCUCUCCCUUUACAGCCACCAUUUGGCCCAGACUUUAAUUCAAGUGACACAGAAGAACCAGUUCUAGCUCCAAAUAUCAAACCUGUAAGGAGGUUUGUUCCAGAUUCUUGGAAGAAUUUUUUCAAAGGGAAAAGGAGUGACCCAGAAUGGGACAGGCCUGUGUCUGACAUUAGAUAUAUUUCUGAUGGUGUUGAAUGUUCCCCGCCAGCCUCACCAGGAAGAUCAAAUUACCCCAGUGACCAUAAAGAUCCAUACAGAGAGUCUGGUGGAACUUACAGUUCGCGGAAAGAAACAGAAGCAUUUCUCCCUCAGGAUUCCUAUGGAUCCCUAGGACGGCACACACAAACAGCCCUAACUUACAGUGAAAAGGUGGAAGAGUACAACCAGAGAUACUCCUACAUGAAGUCAUGGGCAGGACUACUGAGAAUCCUUGGUGUUGUGGAACUGCUCUUAGGGGCAGGUGUCUUUGCUUGUGUCACAGCCUAUAUACAUAAGGACAAUGAAUGGUAUAACCUGUUUGGAUAUUCACCGCCAUAUGGUAUGGGCACAGGUGGCCUGGGCAGCAUGUAUGGAGGCUACUACUACAAUGGCCCCAAAACCCCUUUCAUCCUUGUUGUUGCUGGGCUAGCUUGGAUUACAACCAUUAUUGUUCUAGUUCUUGGUAUGUCCAUGUACUAUCGGACCAUUCUUUUGGACUCUAGUUGGUGGCCUUUAACUGAGUUUGGAAUUAAUAUUGCCCUCUUCAUUUUGUACAUGUCUGCAGCCAUAAUCUAUGUAAAUGAUACCAACCGGGGUGGACUCUGCUAUUACCCUUUAUUUAAUACACCAAUAAAUGCAUCAUUUUGCCGAGUAGAAGGAGGACAAAUAGCGGCAAUGAUAUUUUUGUUCGUCACAAUGAUUGUUUAUCUCAUUAGUGCUAUAGUUUGCCUAAAGUUAUGGAGACAUGAAGCAGCAAGAAGGCACAGAGAGUAUAUGGAGCAGCAAAGGGUAAAUGAACCCUGUAUUACAUCUAAAAGAACAAUGCAUGAAAUGCCCAGCAGUGAUGAGAGACAAAGAGACUCAGAAGUUAAUUUCAAAGAGUUGAGAGCAGCAAAAAUAAAGCCUGAACUGCUUAGUGGACACAUCCCAAGUGGACAUAUUCCUAAACCCAUAGUGAUGCCAGAUUAUGUAGCAAAAUACCCUGUGAUUCAGUCAGAUGAUGAGCGAGAACGCUAUAAAGCUGUGUUCAAAGACCAGUUUUCAGAAUAUAAAGAACUGUCUGCUGAAGUCCAAGCAGUCCUCAGAAAAUUUGAUGAGUUGGAUGCAGUGAUGAGGAGAUUGCCACAUCACUCAGAAAACAGAGAGGAACAUGAAAGAAUUUCCAGAAUUCUUCAAGAAUUUAAGAAGAAAAAGAAUGAUCCUACAUUUUUGGAAAAAAAGGAACGUUGUGAAUACCUGAAGAAUAAGCUUUCUCACAUAAAACAAAGAAUUCAGGAAUAUGACAAAGUUAUGAAUUGGAAUAUACAAGGUUUUUCCUAAACCUUAUCUGAAAAUUAUUUUUGUAUGUUAAUGUGUUUAUUUAUUUACUGCCAUAUCCUUAUGAAUUUCAUGAUAUAUCUAGAAUUGGUUGCUAUUGGGAACCAGCUUUUGACCAUUUUAAUCUGUAUGAGUGCUAAAAGGUUUGUUUCCAUUCAAAUACCUCUAAUUUUUAAUUCAGUAUGUGCCUUUAUUUAAAAUGAAAUGUUCAUUUCUGAAGAAAAUUACACCUUUUUCUUUAGAAGGUGUCCUCAGGAAAAGUGAUAUUGAAAUAGUGCCUCUAAUAGGAGAGACCACUAGGAUAUUCUUAGUAGUAUCUGUUUUGUCAUACUUCUGUCCCCCAGGUUUUCCCUUCUGUAAAAAGAUGAAUUUCUUUCCUUAGCCAAAGUUGUCACCUGUUUCCACAAGUUUCCACAAGAAAAAAUGCAAAACAUCCUUGUUAUAAAAUUCUUUAAUCCACAAGUCUUAAGUAGCCAACCAGAAAUUGUGAUUUCUCAUUUUAUACUGUUAGCCCUUACUGUCAAGGACAAGAAAAUAUUAAAUAUCUAGCAGAAACCAAAACAACUUUUACCCUAUGUAGGGGUGAUGUCUAAAAGGGCCUGUGAUCCUGGGCUCGUUGGGGCCCUUGUUGGCCCUUCAGCCAUCUAGGGUCCUCCCUUUCUAGCCUGAUACAUAAUUACCCUUCAUGUGUUCCAACCAAACUGGAUUAGCUGUUCUUUAAAUUCAACUGUUAUUUCUCCAAUUCUGUACUUUACCAAAAGACCUUUUCGCCUUCUGGAAUGUGCUUCCUCUUCACGCCUGCCCUGGGAAUCCUUAUGUUUAAUGGUUAGUUUGGAGUUCAAGCUGAAGGUGUUCUCUCCUUCCCGGAUAACUUUAGAGUACUUUUCCUGACCCUCUCUUUUGCCCCUGUUAUGUUCUAUUUGUAUUUAUAUGUGUACAUUUUGUAUUAUAUUUGUGUAUGUAUCACAUUUUCAUCCCCUCACCCUGUUAGAAAAUAAUCUCCUGAAGAGCAGGGUCUCUGUCUUUGCAUCCCCCUGCCUGGGAGAGUGCCUUGCCCACAGUGAUGUUUCAUAGAUGUUAAAAUCAUUGGGUUUUCACAGUUCAUACUGACUUCUAUCCCUAGUGGCCUUAUGGGCAUUAUAUACUAAAAGAGAUUUUGGGUAUGAAUAUUUUGCCUUUCCUUUCCUAUACCUCCAGGAGUCCAUGUUUUCACCAGAAUCUGGAAUCUUCCAAAGGUGGUUCUGAUUCCUUUUAGACAUACGUGUAUAUAUAAGAAUGGAAUAACUUAGAACAAAUGGAAUUAAUGCUUCAUUUAUUAGGAUCUUGACAUUCUUAAUUGUGGAAGUUUUUUAAUAUUUAAAAUUAUUGUUUGACCAAUAUUGAAUGACACCCCCAGUCCAAUGUGACCCUUUCUACUCUGUAUGCUUGGCCAUCUGUGAGUUGCCCCUUGCACAGAGUAGGCACUGAAAAAAAUACUAGUCAAGUUUAAUUUUUUAUAAAGUUAGAUUUAUAUAUAUUUUGAUUGUUCAAGAUUACUGCUGGGAGAAAAAAAAACACAUCUAGAAGUUGGGUUAGUUGCCCUAAAGAGUUUCUUUUUUCAUUAUUAACAAAGUAAUCAUUAGUGUUUAUUUGUCACUAUUUUAUUAAAAUGUAAACUAUUAGGCAAUAAAAUAAUGGACUAGGAAAAUUAACUUGAUGAAAAUGUGUAUUACAGUUGUAAAUAUUAACUAUGAAAGUCUAUUUUAAUUUUGUAACUUUUUUUACAUGUCAGUACCUCAGGGUAUUAAAAUGUUAGUUAUCUAUUACCUUAAAUGUACAUUUUCAUUAUUUAUCUAGAACUUUUUAUUUAUUGGAUGUCCUGCUACUUGGAAAAACAAGUGUAUUAGAAAAAGAACGCUGAGAAAAAUCUUAGCGUUUGUAGAUGCUCCUGUGAUUUCAUCAUUAGUUUUAUUUUUGCCCUCCUCAUCCAAUGAACCUGCUAGUAUAAAACAACUGCCUAUUAAUUGGGUUCCUUAGUAAAGAGCAUCUCACAUCAA